AUGAGUAACAUAUUGGCAGUUUUUAAUCCUCCACCACAAAGGGAGCUAGAAAAGGAAGAGACUAUGGACUGUGUUCCCUGCCAGGUCAUGAGCACCAUGUUUUCUGUUGGAUUUGGUUCCUACUUGGCAUCUGGGAAGCCAUUCAAAUAUGGCAAGAAAGAUGCCAAGAAGGGCAUUUCGUUAGCGGAGUUUGAGAAGAGAAACCCACAAUGGUGGAAACUAACUUUACGUAGCUUUGGUGGGUUAUUGAUAGCCUUUGGGCUCGUCCGAGGUACCGAAGGUUGGUUGUGGCAUAAAAAUAAAGAAUAUAAGAAUUACAAGAAACUAGCUAACGGUGAAAGCACGAACUAG